CGGCCUUCGCUCAUAUUGAAAUCCCAACUGAAGCGAAAUGCAGAGGCUGAUACCCACGUUCAUUUCCUACGGGUAUCAAAACGUACUUGCUGUACGCAGCAAGACGAUGCAUCCACAACGGGCUGCCCUGAUCCCCCACCUACCCUACCUGAUACUGCCCUCGGUAAGCCCGAAAGGAAGUCAAUUUGUGCCAUCAUGCGGCAGCACUGUCGGAGUCGUUUAUAUAUCCCGCCGAUAUACUGGACCUCAGAACAUCUGAAACUCUUGGGAUGUGAAUUCUCGUCAAAGGAGGUGCCGCAAAAUGAGAGGAGGCGGAGGUCGCCUAUUUCGGUUGCAUUGCAAGUUUCUGAUGAUGGCACGGUAGCUGUCGAGAAGAUGGAUACGACUCUUGGUUAUGCAGUCCGCGCAGCUGGGCUUUUGUCUAGACCCUGUGCUAUGGAGGGGAGGGUCUCUGCAGUCAUAUCACUCCUUGCCGCGUGCGGCAUUGAACAACGAGAUAUCCAAACGGAUGGCAUUUUUGCCUCCGAAUUCGCGACUGCAUUUCUUGCCUAUAUCAAUCUGGACGUGCUGCACUCGCUCCGCAGCCAACAUAUUCGCCAAAAGUUCCUGCCACGUACUAGGGUCCGCGGGAGGCUCAACAGCCCUGUUGCGAGUUUGAUACGAAAGAAUAUCUGCCGUUUAAAGCCCGAAAACGAGAUAGAGGAUCCGUACAUCGUGGCCGUCCUCAUUGCCUUGGCGCAGCAUCAGUACCGGAGACGGGAGCAGCUCAGAAAUAACACUGCUGCUAGUGCUCCAUCUCCAGAACAAGAGGAUUGCUUUUCAAAACUCUUUAAGGUUCACCUCCUAGCUGUGCCUGACAUCGCCGCGCGCGAACUUUAUCUAUACGCAGCUCGCAUUCCACCAGCGUUCUUGGAUAAGUUUGACCAACCCUCAAAAUUCUCGCCGAGCAGACCUAUCUCAGUUACCUACUACUCUUUGCCCCUUCGAAACGCGAGGAAGCUGCCAAAGAGGCUACUUGACGCUCUACGUGCACCGAUUGAG